CUUUUCAAUGGGCAGGAAGUAAAGCGCUAACAGUCGCGGCGAGAGUUGGGUGCGGCUGGCGCAGGUGAGGACAACGGGGCUGGCAGCGGGUGGGACAUCUGCCCCUCACCUUGCGCGUGGCCCACACCGCCUUACCAAGAAAAUGAACUGGUGAUCAAAACUGCCCAAUGCUACAGCUAACUGAAGAGAGUAUAUCACUUUGUGACUGUUAGGAAUUUGGCGAAUAUGCUGUUUUGUGGCUCUUUAUUUCUACAUAUUUCAUCAUUUCUCUUUAUUGCUUGGUUUGAAAAUUGCUGCAGUAUCUCAGGAAAAUGGUAACCUGCAGGGUCAUUGUUUUUUUACAAAUAUAACAACGGAAAACAAUGGACAGAUGAUAUCAAUUAAACUGCAUUUGGCAGCUGACUGUCAGAGCAACAAGCAACUGCGUAAGCAGUGCCAAGCAGCAAGGAUUUUUAUUACCCUAGCUACUGGGAAUUAUGUACAGUGUCUCUGUGCUCAGAUUGACUGCAGUUUCUACAUAGAUCACUUCAAGAUUUAUAACCAUGUCUGUUAAUGCAACAGAGAGUGACAUUCCUAGGUUUUUUGUGGGUGGUGAAGAUGGGGAUGAGCUUUUGGAUCGAACCAGGUCUGCAGAAUUUGAUUCCUUCUAUGAUCACGAAGAUGAAGACGAGGAGUAUGAUUCUCCACCAGAAAGACAGAUCUUGGUUGGAAUAUGUUCUAUGGCAAAGAAAUCCAAAUCAAAACCAAUGAAUGAAAUCCUUGAACGCCUUUCCAUGUUUAAGUAUAUCACAGUAGUAAUUUUUGAAGAGGAUGUCAUUUUGAAUGAACCUGUGGAAAACUGGCCUUUAUGUGACUGUCUCAUUUCUUUUCAUUCUAAAGGAUUUCCACUGGACAAAGCAGUUGCGUAUUCGAAACUCAGGAAUCCAUUUGUUAUCAAUGACUUGAAUAUGCAGUACCACAUACAAGACAGGAGAGAAGUUUAUAGAAUUCUUGAAGCUGAAGGUAUUUUGCUUCCUCGUUAUGCAGUUCUAAACCGCGAUCCAAACAAUCCCCAAGAAUGCAAUCUGAUUGAAGGAGAAGAUCAUGUGGAGGUGAAUGGAGAAGUUUUCCAAAAACCUUUUGUGGAAAAGCCUGUUAGUGCUGAGGACCACAAUGUGUAUAUUUAUUACCCAACAUCUGCUGGUGGUGGAAGUCAGAGGCUCUUUCGGAAAAUUGGUAGCAGAAGCAGUGUUUAUUCCCCUGAAAGCAGUGUGAGGAAAACUGGUUCAUAUAUUUAUGAGGAAUUCAUGCCCACAGAUGGUACUGAUGUGAAGGUAUACACUGUUGGUCCGGACUAUGCCCAUGCAGAAGCUCGUAAGUCCCCUGCUCUGGAUGGGAAAGUAGAGCGGGACAGUGAAGGGAAAGAAGUAAGGUAUCCAGUGAUCCUCAAUGCAAGGGAGAAGCUAAUCGCUUGGAAAGUAUGCUUGGCCUUUAAGCAAACAGUUUGUGGUUUUGACCUUUUGCGUGCAAAUGGACAGUCCUAUGUUUGUGAUGUCAAUGGCUUCAGUUUUGUGAAGAAUUCAAUGAAAUACUAUGAUGAUUGUGCUAAAAUCCUUGGAAAUAUUGUAAUGCGAGAACUCGCUCCACAGUUUCAGAUACCAUGGUCUAUACCAUUAGAAGCAGAGGAUAUUCCCAUUGUGCCAACCACAUCUGGGACAAUGAUGGAACUUAGAUGUGUCAUUGCAGUCAUACGUCAUGGAGAUAGGACACCAAAGCAAAAAAUGAAAAUGGAAGUUAAACAUCAAAAGUUUUUUGAUCUUUUUGAAAAAUGCAAUGGAUAUAAAUCUGGGAAGCUAAAACUGAAAAAGCCUAAGCAGUUACAGGAAGUGCUUGAUAUUGCAAGACAGCUCUUAAUAGAACUAGGACAAAAUAAUGACUCUGAAAUUGAAGAAAGUAAAUCUAAACUUGAACAGCUGAAGACUGUGUUGGAGAUGUAUGGUCAUUUUUCUGGCAUAAAUCGCAAAGUUCAGCUGACAUAUCUCCCUCAUGGUUGUCCCAAAACAUCAAGUGAAGAAGAAGAUAACCGCAAACAUGAACCAUCUCUACUCUUAGUUCUAAAAUGGGGAGGAGAACUGACACCUGCAGGCAGAGUUCAAGCAGAGGAACUAGGAAGAGCUUUUCGAUGCAUGUACCCAGGUGGACAAGGAGACUAUGCUGGAUUUCCUGGAUGUGGUCUGCUUAGAUUGCAUAGUACCUAUCGGCAUGAUCUCAAAAUAUAUGCUUCAGAUGAAGGAAGAGUUCAAAUGACAGCAGCAGCUUUUGCAAAGGGAUUACUGGCAUUAGAAGGAGAGCUCACACCUAUCCUUGUCCAGAUGGUCAAAAGUGCUAAUAUGAAUGGUCUACUUGACAGUGAUAGUGACUCUCUUAGCAGCUGUCAACAUCGUGUGAAGGCACGCCUUAAUGAAAUACUGCAGAAAGACAGAGACUUUACCCCUGAAGACUAUGAAAAGCUUACACCAUCUGGCAGCAUUUCUCUGAUAAAAUCAAUGCAAGUGAUAAAAAAUCCCAUUAAGACAUGUGACAAGGUAUAUUCCUUGAUCCAGAGUUUGACAUCUCAGAUAAGACGACGGAUGGAAGAUCCUAAGUUUGCAGAUAUUCAGCUUUACCACAGUGAAACACUGGAACUAAUGCUGCGUAGGUGGGCCAAGCUUGAAAAAGACUUUAAAACAAAGAAUGGAAGAUAUGAUAUUAGUAAAAUACCAGAUAUCUAUGAUUGUAUAAAAUAUGAUGUCCAGCAUAAUGUCUCUUUAAAACUAGAAAAUACAAUGGAACUAUACAGACUCUCAAAGGCCUUGGCUGAUAUUGUGAUUCCACAGGAAUAUGGUAUUACUGAAGCAGAAAAACUGGAGAUUGCUAAAGGUUACUGCAAUCCACUGCUAAGAAAAAUCCGCUCUGAUCUUCAGAGGACUCAAGAUGAUGAUACUGUUAACAAGCUUCAUCCUUUGUAUUCUAGUGGGGUAAUGUCUCCUGAACGUCAUGUUCGGACGAGGCUAUACUUCACCAGUGAAAGUCAUGUACAUUCUUUACUGUCAACUCUUCGUUAUGGUUCCUUAUGUGAUGCAUCAAAAGAUGAACAGUGGAAACGAGCUAUGGAUUAUCUCAAUGUUGUCAGUGAACUCAAUUACAUGACUCAGAUUGUUAUCAUGUUAUAUGAAGAUCCAAACAAGGAGCUUUCAUCAGAGGAACGUUUCCAUGUGGAGUUACACUUUAGUCCAGGUGCUAAAGGCUGUGAAGAAGACAAAAAUUUACCAUCAGGAUUUGGUUACAGACCUGCCUCACGAGAGAACGAUGGCUCAAAGAAAAACUCUCAUAGAAAUGACAGUGAUGAGGAAUUGCAUGCUUAUAAAAGGGAUGAACCUGAUCGAUCUAUAAUGAUGUUCAAGCCAAUGGUGUCAGAUCCAAUUCAUAUACACAGAAAGUCACCCCUUCCAAGGCCCAGGAAAAUUGGUUCAGUGGAAGAAGAGAGCCCCCUGAGUGUGUCUAGCCCAGAGUGUAUUGGUACCUGGCUGCAUUACACCAGUGGUGUGGGUACUGGGCGUCGAAGACGCAGAUCAGGGGAACAAAUCACUUCUUCCCCUGUGUCCCCUAAAUCAUUGGCUUUCACAUCCAGUAUUUUUGGCUCAUGGCAACAGGUCCCAUCGGAAAACAACAGUCACUUUCGACCACCAAGAACUAUUGUAGAGCAGAAGACAAGUGCUAUAGGGUCUCACUGUGCGAGCCUGUUUAGCACCUCAGUGCUCGGGGGUUCUUCAAGUGCACCUAACCUACAGGAUUAUGCUCGUACUCAUCGUAAAAAGCUGACUUCUUCUGGCUGCAUAGAUGACACCACACGUGGUUCUGCUGUUAAAAGAUUUUCUAUCUCAUUUGCUCGACACCCAACCAAUGAACAUCCAGACCUCUUUAGGUGCUGGUCCGUUUCCUCUGAGGAAUUUCUAGGCUCCAGUGGCUUUGAAUUGUAUUCCAUGGUGCCUUCAAUCUGUCCUCUAGAAACCCUCCAUAACUCCUUGUCAUUAAAGCAGGUGGAUGAAUUUCUUGCCUCCAUUGUGGCUUCUACUUCAUGUGAAAAUUUUCCAGAGUCAUCCAGAGUUUCUCUUUCUUCUCCACUAACUCUGGAUACCACAUCAGCAAGAAAAGAUUCUUUAAAUACAUAUACACCUGCUAAAAUUCAACCAACAUCAUUUGAAGACUUUUUGGAUCGGCGAUCUGUAGAGAAAUGUUCCUCAGGUUCCAGUGGUCCUUCACCUCCUGAUGUUUGAGCGCAUCAUAAAAUAAUAAAAAAGGGUUAAAAGAAUACUUGUAUAACUUUGGUGGUUAAACUGUCCCAGAAUAAAUGAAGAAGUUUGUGAGAAGCUGGAAGGAACUGCCAUUGCCAUCUUUUACCAUGUACAUUGCAGGAAAAAAAGUUGCUUUUCAAAAGAUACUCAUUUUUGUCUGUGUUUCCCAGUAUAUAAAAUUAUUGCUGCAGUGCAUAUAUUGUAUAUAUUCUAGGUAAAGGUGAAUUGUUUCUAAACUAUGAAAACAAGUUUCCACCCAUAAUUUUAAUGAACUUGUCAUCUUUAACAGACAAACUGCACAAAAAUCUUUUCCAUCUUUUUUCUUUCUUAAAUAUGCACAGAAACCAAAAGAGCUUAGUCUAUUGGUUCAUAUUGCAAAAGCAGCCAGGAAAGAGACAGGAAGUUAACAGAAAUAUAACAAGGUACUACCUUUUUCCAAUCUGCAACAGGCCUUUUCAAAAGCCAAGGCAAGAAAGAUUAUUUUUUCAGCACAAAGAUACAUUAACAUGGGUCUGGUUAAUAGCUCCCUUCUUGAAUGCCAGUCCCUUAAAACAGCUCAGUGAGUGAUGGUUUCUCAUCUAUUAUAAAUGCAUUCUUAAUUUGAAGGUGCUCCAUACAAACUAUAGAGACCAUUAUCCUAAAUGUAUCAAAUCGUUUUGAACCACCUAAAUACAAAUAGAAUAACAAGCAAGUCAUUUUACUUCCCGUUCUCAAGGUCCUAGCAUUAGUUUGAGAAACUCACUCUCAAUUAUGUUCUUUGUCACUUCUCCCUCAACCACAACUGCUGUAAAGAGCAAGAGGUUGGUCUUGACCCCCUCCAUGCAGACAUGUUUACAUCAAGUGGAUUCAGACGUGGGAUUUAGGUCUUGUGCCAGAACUGGAUGGUUCUCUUCCCCAUCUCCCUUAGACAUGGCUCCUGUGAAAAUCACUUCGUUCCUGCUGCUUUGAGGCAGAAGUAGGGAGACUCAUUGCCACUUUCUUAGUUCUAAGGCGGUUAAAGAGCUAUCGUCCAAAGUUCAUGUGUUCAUGUGUUAAUUAUUAAUACCUUGCCCUAAAUGGACACCUGUCACACUCAGUCUUGAUCUGGGAACAUCUCUUAUUUAACUACAUUUCCAAAGAGAACAUUGUUUUGCUGUUCAAUAUUUUUUUCUGUUUCUGCAUGCCAGGGUCAGUUAUGGAUAGUACAUCCUUGUAUGUUUACAUCAGAUGUUAACAUUCAAAUAUAGUUUGAUUGUUAAUGUCUGUGCUUUAAUGUAUGGCCUCCUGUCCUAAAAUAACUUUCUGUUUACAUUCUUCCUAAAGGUUCUUCUGUUUUAUUGAAAAAAAUGGCUUUCUUUACAGGUUUCUGAAAAUAAGCAGCCUACAUGUGGAUUACAGGAUUUAUAAAGACAGAAACAGCUGGUCUGUUAAAAUUUCAUGCUAAUAACUUGAUAUGUCUGCAGAUAAUAUUUCUUGUCAUGUUUUCAUAUUAAAAGAAAGCACAGCAUUACCAAAUCUAUAGAAUUACUGUCUCAACUCUUGGGCAUAAUCUAUAUUUACAGCCAUUGUCCCUGUCAUUGUCUCUAUUCUUUGCAGACAGUGGUUAAAGACAAUUUUAAGAUUUUAUAGUGCUAUACAAAUCUUGAGAAGCUCAAAGUGUGCUUUUGAAAUAAUAAAAUAAUAUUCAGGUUUGCCAGUCACUAUUCUGGGCAGUAUCCAAGUCAAAAGUAGCAUAAAUGUAAAUUACAUUGUACUAGUGUCAAGUGAUCUCUAGCACAACCUAAUUUACAGUGAUAUUGUUGACUGGGAUACUUCCCCUACGUAGCAGUAGUCCUAUGACUUAUCUUGUGGCCUGAUGAACUAUUAAAUGCCUAUUAGAAUAUUUAUGAUAAUUACAGUAACUAAUGUUAAUAUGACUCUUAUGGACAGCAAUAUUCUCCUGUGGAAUCUCAGGAGGCCAAGCUUCAAUAGAAUUGUUAAGAAUAAAGCUCUUGUGGUCAUCCAGCAAUUCUCCAAUUCUAAAAUUGCUUAAUAAACUUGCCAUGGCAUUGCUGUGCAUAUUUCACAUGAGGUCAUAUGAGAAAUUCUUAAGUUCUGUUUAAGAUACCAAAUUGAGGACCAGUCCUCAACUUCUCAUUGCAAACAUUUCAUUUUAUACAGUGUAAAUUUUUAAUAUGGGUGAUGUUUGACUUGCUCACCUCUGAAUGUACAUGUCAUGUUUACUGUUUUUCUAAAAGAAAAUAUUUCAAUGUAUGUGUGCACAUCAUUCCAAUCAACCAAAGCUUUGGCAUAAUAAUUUAUGUGUUCUUAAAUAAAGAGAGUCAACAACACA